CAUGCUGCAGAUACAUAUUAAACCAAUGGUACAAGUGUUUUUAUGCACUUGAUCAAACGUGAAUUAAAACGUGCGGUGAUAGUGGAUUUCGCUUUUCAAUUCGCGUAUUCGUCGUCAUCUUGCUUGUAACCGGUUUCUUAUCACUGUAUGUACAUAUUUUAUUUUGUCAUCAAAUUGAUCUGAAUAAGUGGCAAUUGCUUCGUUCUUCAAUUAUCUACGAAAUGGUUCGUACGAAGCAAACAGCCCGCAAAUCGACCACUCCGCUUCCACUCAUUUAUAAACAUCUUGCAACAAAACUAGCCCGUAAAAGUGCCAAAAUUACACCAGCUAAUGGUCGAAUCAAAAAACCAUAUCGUUAUCGCCCUGGUACGGUAGCGCUUCGAGAAAUUCGUCGUUACCAAAGAUCCACCGAAUUGCUGAUUCGGAAAUUACCUUUCCAACGAUUGGUACGUGAAAUCGCACAAGAUUACAAGCAUGAAUUACGUUUCCAAUGCGCUGCGAUCAGUGCUUUGCAGGAGGCUUGCGAGGCAUAUUUGAUCGGACUUUUCGAAGACACCAAUCUUUGCGCCAUCCAUGCCAAACGUGUUACGAUUAUGCCGAAAGAUCUUCAAUUGGCUCGUCGAAUUCGUGGAGGAAGUGCUUUUUAAGUUCACGAUUUCAUCUUCUUAGUUAGUUUCUUAAUCAUCAUCAUAAGAAUUAAUCAUGUUAUCCGUUCAAAAUUCAUAUUUCUUGGGUAUAGGUACCUACUCGUAUUUCAUUUUGUGACUUUAAAAAUAGUACUUACUGUGCCUAUAACUUUGAAUAAUCUUACUCACUAUAGCUUGAUUCUGUCUGGUGUUCUUAUCGUGAAUGAUUUUUCAUUAUACUUUUAGGUAUCCCA